AUUGAGUAGCAGUGAAGACAAACGAAGCAAAAAGCGUUAUUUAGGUGUGAAAACGAAACAGAACACAAAUCAUCGUCUUCUUCAAUGGAAGACAACAACAAGGCAGCCAUGGCGCAGCAGCAGCAGCAGCAGCAGCAGCAACAACAACAGCAAUUGAUGUUGCUGCAACAGAUCCAAAGGCAAAAGGACGCCAUUUCACGUUUCCCGUCCAACAUCGACGCCCAUCUCCGCCCGCAGCAGCAGCACCACCACCCUAUGCUUCACCACCGCCCUCCGAACCCUAAUUCCGCCGCCCAACAAAUCAAUCCCAAUCAGCUUCACCCUAACCCUAACGCCAUCCCCAAUAACCCUAACCCUAACCCUAACCCUAGUCAGAAUCCCAAUUCUUCAAUUCCCCCAAUUAAUAACAACAAUAAUCAGCAACAACAACAGCAGCAGCAGCAGCACAAGGCAUCUCUCCAGCUUGCUUACCAAGAUGCGUGGCGUGUUUGCCAUCCCGAUUUCAAGCACCCUUUCUCUUCCCUUGAAGAUGCUUGUGAGAGGCUCUUACCGUAUCAUGUAGUGGCGGACUACGAAGCAGAGGAAGAUGACAAGAUCCUCGAUUCAGCCACCACAGGCCAGCAGAUCCUCUCCCGCUCCCAACAGUGGGACCACAACAUCGCCGCCAAGGUCGCCGAAUUCACCGCCACAUUCGAGAAACAAGUACUCGCAUUCAACAUAAUCUCCCGUAAACGAGGCCUCGGAGAGUUCCGAACAGAGGAGAAGCUAAUGAUGGAGCAACUACUCUUGCAAGAAGAAAAGAGAUCACUCCUCGAAUUAAGGGCCGAAAUGGAUUCAAGGCAAAAGGCCAGUCGAGAAACACACGAAGCCAACUUAAGAAUGGCUGCCAUGGUUCAAGAGCAGCAAGCACGUGCGGAAAGUCAAGCCCAUGCAGAGAUGAUGGCGCGGGCCCCGAUAAGAGCAAGUGCACUUGGCGGCACUCGAGGCGGCGGUAGGAUUGGUGGGCACGAUAUGGCGGUGGAGCAUGAGCAUGAGCAUGAUUUUCAGCAGGAUGAUAUUAUAAAUGGAUGGCAGAGGGAUGAAAAAGAGCCGUCUGAGGAUUUCUUGAAUGACGACGAAACGGAUAACGGAGAUGCCACUAUGCAGAGUGGUUGGUCUGAAGGAGGUGAGUUGGAUUUGAAUGCUAGAUGAUUGAAUUAUUUAUUUAUUUUUUUCGGUUUUUUCGAUAGAGCAAAAUAUUUCUAUGUGCUGUGUUUGGGGAAGAAGAUUUGGUAGGGGCAUUAUUGUAAUAUUGAGAUUUGUAUUGUAUUGAGUAUCUGCUAGUUUUCUGGAGCACUUUUAUCUUACUGUAUAGUAUUCAAAUUUAGCUU